GUGUUUGCCUUCUUAUUUGCUUUCUUCCUUUUCCGCCCAUUCCGUAUUCGCCACCGCGCUCGCCCUUGCUCCGUCUCUCAACAUCGUCCGCCAAUUCCAGUCCUCCCUACCGCCGCUAUACGUAUACGUUCGACGAAGCCGAUCCUAGGGAAGAAAACGAGGUCUGCGCCGACCGCAUGAUCUGCUAUGGCUACCUUGGUCUCCGAUUUGCUUCGAGGAGCACAAAGACAAGUUCGACGAUUCUCCUCAGGGUUCGCCGCUGAAGAGCCCGAUAUACCCACGCCAUCUUCCACUUCGCAACACCAGAGAACAAGAUCCGAUGGGGCGGCGCUUCCCGAGUCUGUGUUUGAGGACGAAGAGGAGAACUAUAGAAGGAGUCUGGAUGGGAAUAUUGGUAGACCCAUAGCCCCGCCGGUGGCUGUCGCAACCACAACCACACCAACCAACGCCGCAUCAAGUUCGCAUUCGAGGUUGGGGGAAGCCGCCCAUGUCGCAUCUGCCACUCCAGAAGUAGGGCAUCUUGGACAAGUCCUAGUUCCGCCAACACCCGCAGCGGCAUACGACUCGACGCCGCCGGCGCGACCGUCGUUAACUUCACCCAUCUCUGCGCCGGCGCCAGAAUGGACUGCGCAAGCAGCCCAACAGGGCCUUCUCGGGCUUCCCCGUAUCCCCUCCCAUAUGGACUCCGACGCUCGAUCCCAGACCGGGGAGUUACCAGAAGAUGACGGCAAGAGCGCAUUGAGGAAGAGGAUACAGGCGAUUCAGAACCAGGCCGACAUCUCGCAGGCCCUCAAGGCGCAGCUGAUACAUCAGGUCAUGACAGAGGAGUAUUAUCAACAGUCUCCACAUGUGCAUGACGGUACUAUGGGCAUGCGCCCAGAAUCGCCCAGCGGUCGGAGCGUGCGUAGUGUGCACAGCGUCAAGAGCGCCCGCAGCGCGCAGAGCUAUGGCCGCGAGCAAUCAUCGAACCGGGAUCGUGAUUCGUUUGGCCCGUUGCAAACGGCUUUCAAGUUUCUCGCGGGCGAAGGCGGAUUUGGUGACGAGGAUGCCCUGAACAUCCACGUUACAGAGGAGGAUCUGAAGCCGACCCAUGUUCCCAAAACCGCCCCGAAACGCGACGAAUAUGGGGUGCGAGAACUCGAUGUCAAUCUCGCAUACGCGAUCGCGCAGGGAAUACAACCCGAGGAAGAAACAGAGGAUCUGGACGAGAACGGUCAGCCCGUUCUCAGGCUCGGUUGCAAACACUACCGGCGCAAUGUGAAGCUGCAAUGCGCUGCCUGUGAUCGGUGGUAUACGUGCCGGCUCUGUCACGAUGAGGUGGAAGAUCACACUCUGCCGCGGCGGGAGACACGCCACAUGCUGUGCAUGUUGUGCGGUCGCGCCCAAAAGGCCUCGCAUACUUGCGUUGGCUGUAACCAGUCGGCGGCCUCUUACUAUUGUAAUAUUUGCAAACUGUGGAACGACGAUCGGAACAAACCUAUCUAUCACUGUAACGAUUGUGGGCUCUGCCGAGUUGGGCUGGGCCUGGGCAAAGAUUUCUUCCAUUGCAAGAAAUGCUCAGCAUGCGUCUCCACGCGCGACGAGCACCGAUGUAUCGAACGGUCAACCGACUGCGACUGUCCCAUCUGCGGCGACUACCUGUUCAACUCUCCGCGACCGGUUGCAAUCAUGAAAUGUGGCCAUACCAUCCAUAAACAUUGUUUCAGCGCGUACCGGGAAACAUCGUACAAGUGUCCAGUCUGCAACAAGAGCUGCGUCAACAUGGAGAUCCAGUUUCGUAACCUCGACAUCGCCAUCGCCACCCAGCCCAUGCCCGACGAGUACCAGGACGCCCGGGCCGUCAUCUCGUGCAACGACUGCAGUGCAAAAAGCCAGACAAGGUACCACUGGUUGGGACUGAAGUGUUCAGUCUGUCACUCGUAUAACACGGUCGAGCAUAAGCUGCUCCAUAUGCCUGGCGUUAACGACGACGAGGAUGAGGAGGAACCAAGGGCUGCCACUGGGUCGAGUGAUGCCAACGAAGGAGCGCAGGGUGUGAGCGAUCUGCCAGUUGCCCUUGACAGCGCGGCAACAGCCGGCGGUAGACGACUAUCAGCUGCUCGAGGACUGGAUCCUCAAUGCGCCGACAUAAACAGACAACAAAACAGAAGUAUUUUCCACUCCGACCCCAUCUCACCACCACGGCGCUCAGCCCUAGCAGGCCUCUUCGCCAACCUAAACCGACAAUCUCCAUCCUCUUCCUCCGCCGACCAACCCCAAACAUCCACUUCCGCCAACCUCCCCAUGACCCCUUCACCAUCGACCUACCUCCCCCGCCCCUCCUCCUUCGCUCCUCCCUCCCCCGCCGCCACAGCCGCCGCCGUCCUUGCUUCCGCCGCCGCUUUCGUUGGGUUCGGCGGUUACUCAGCAUCUGCUCCUUCUUCCGGCGCGGCCAAUACCACUACGAUCCCAGACCGCUCUAUCCCCGGGACAACGACAAGGACGACAAGAAGAAGAACAAGAGGCAGGUCAAUAAACGAAGCAGGAGCAGGAACAACAACAGGCGCAGAUUACAACUCGGACGACUACUACACCGAUGACGACCAGGAAAGUCGUUGGGGAGAGGACAUGGUGACUCUGGAAGACGUGCUGGGUUUCUUGGGGAGGCCACCGAGGAGGUUGAUUCCUGUUCCUGGGGAUGGGCACACCUCUAUUAGGGAUCUAAUAGAGGAGGAGGAUGAUGAGGAGGAAGAUGAGGACGAUGACAGUGAGGAAGAGAAUGAUGGUGACUAUGAUGAUCUUGAGGAAGACGGAGAGGACGGGGGGUUUGAAUUGGAUUUGAUUGGUCAUAGAUGAUCCCCUUGAUGAGCAAUGAAUGGAUGGUCAAUGGAAAAGGGGAGAAAAAGAAACCCUCAAGGCAGGGAAACAAACAGCAGGAAAAGCACGGACAGAAUAUCUCUUUAUCAUGAUAUACCUUACACAGCAUAUUUUUUUUCUGGGUUUCAAAGGUAUCUUUCUUGUUCGGGAUGUUGUACGACGGAACCAUUUAUUUGGGCAUGAGCAUGAAAGCAGGAGUUCGGUUCGAGACUAUUCUAGAUGUUCAGGAGAAAAAAAAAGAAAAGAAUACUUGUGCUGUGGAGAAUCGUUGCGAUCCAUGGAAGGCGUACAUGGCUUAGUUUUCUCCUUUUUGAAUAUAA